GAGCAAUAAUUACUGAAAGAAAAAGAUGGGAAGGUGAAGCGUAUAUGGCAUCAGAUUUUGGAUCUUGUGAGGCGCCUUUUUUUUUUUUCUAUAAAUUAACUAGAGCAUUUAUGAUGGCUUGAUGGGUUGAGAGGAAAGCAAACGGACAGGGAGAGGAGAUUAAGAUGCUAAGAAGGUGACUUUUAUGUACUGUAACAUUCAUUAUUCAACCUAUCCCAAGAGCAGGAAUCUUUUUUCUUGGUUUUCCUCAGAGACUACUAAAGUCAUCAGAACUCUUUCUGGGUUUUGAGCUUCUCUAUGAAGGGAAGGGAAUGCGAACUGAAUCUAUGAGAUCUACUGAAAGUUGAGGAAAAAUUUCCAAAAAGCUACUAUGGAUACUAUGGUUCAGUUACAGAGGCAGUUGGUUGACUACACAGCCUCCUUGUUUCAGGAGGGAUUUUUGAAUGAUCAGUUUACCCAACUUCAGCAACUGCAAGAUGAGACCAACCCAGAUUUUGUGUCUGAAGUGGUGUCUCUCUUCUUUGAAGAUUCUGAGAGGCUUCUUAAUGAAUUGGCCAGAGCUCUAGAUCAGGAGAGUGUAGACUUCAGAAGGUUGGAUUCCCAUGUUCACCAGCUGAAGGGCAGCAGCUCCAGCAUUGGCGCAGAAAGAGUUCAGAAUGUCUGCAUUUCCUUCCGCAACUGCUGCGAUGAGCAGAAUAUUGAAGGGUGUCUGAGAUGUCUGCAGCAAGUAAAACAAGAGUAUGCCCUUGUAAAGAGUAAGCUGGAAAGUCUCUUGAAGCUUGAGCAGCAGCUUUCGGCUGCUGGUGGGUCUAUUCCCAUAUAGUCAGAUGCAGCAAAGCUAUCUUUUGUGGACAAAGACAAGAAGGCAAAUUGGGAUUCUGGUACUGUAGAAAAGUAUGGCCUCUCUCUCUCUCUCUCUCUCUCUCUCUCUCUCUCUCUCUCUCUCUCUCUCUCUCUCUCUCUCUCUGGGUUUGUGUGUUGUGGGGACUGGGGAAUGUUUUAAUGAGUAGGAUGGGGGUUUUGACAGCCCUGGGCUUGUAGUAUAUCUGAUGUAUUGAGCAAUGAUGGUGAAUGUGAAUAAACAUUUUCCACCCCUUUUCUUGGCACUGUUCCAAUUUCUUUUUCUCCAAAUUUGUGAGAGCUGAAUCUGAUGGGAAGUCCACUCUGCGUAAGUCUUUGUAUUUUAGACAGUUUUAAACUGUACCAGUAUUAAAUAAUAAGAAGAUUGGAUGAA